UGAGGUGGCUGUGAGGCGAGGCGGCGCGGCGUUUCCUCCCCACCAAAGCGGGUGGAGGAGGCGGGUGGCCGUCGCGGUGGCGGUGCUGCCCCUCGCCGGCCCGGAGCCAAGGGACGAAAAGACACAGAGAAGAAAGCUGCGGCGGAGCGAUGCGGUGGUCCCGCAGCACUGUCACCAUGAGCUCUUAUCUAACCUUAUUAAAAAUGGAUUGCAGUUACUGAUGGGAAGAAGUCCAAUAUGAGUGGAAAUGAUACCGGAGGAAGAAGACGCUUUGAAGACACAGAGCACACACUGCACAUCUACCCUGGGAACAUUGCCGAAGGGACCAUUUAUUGUCCCAUUAUUGCACGAAAAACAUCUACCGCUGCUGAGGUGAUAGACUCUCUGAUUAACAAACUGCAGCUGGACAAAACAAAAUGCUACGUCUUGGCCGAAGUGAAGGAAUUUGGUGGGGAGGAAUGGAUCCUCAACCCCACCGACUGCCCUGUCCAACGCAUGAUGCUCUGGCCACGGAUGGCCCUAGAGAACCGCUUGAGCGGAGAGGACUACCGUUUUCUUUUAAGAGAAAAGAACCUGGAUGGAUCGAUCCAUUACGCCAGUCUCCAGUCCUGGCUGCAGGUCACCGAAGAACGGCGCAGGAUGAUGGAACGUGGCUUCCUUCCCCAACCACAGUACAAGGAUUAUGACGAUUUAUGUGCAUUGCCAGAUCUGAACGAGAGGACACUCUUGGAAAACCUCAGAAAUCGCUUUAAGCAAGAAAAAAUCUACACCUACGUUGGAAGCAUUUUAAUAGUCAUUAACCCGUUCAAAUUCCUUCCCAUUUAUAACCCUAAAUAUGUCAAGAUGUACGAUAAUCAUCAUCUGGGUAAGCUGGAGCCCCACAUCUACGCAGUGGCUGACGUCGCGUAUCAUGCCAUGCUACUGCGGCGGAAGAACCAGUGUAUCGUCAUUUCUGGAGAAAGUGGGUCUGGCAAAACCCAGAGCACAAAUUUCUUGAUUCAUCACCUCACCGCUCUUAGCCAAAAGGGAUUCGCCAGUGGGGUAGAACAAAUCAUUCUUGGAGCUGGACCAGUGCUGGAGGCCUUUGGGAAUGCCAAGACAGCACACAACAACAACUCAAGUCGCUUUGGCAAAUUUAUUCAAGUAAAUUAUCAGGAGACUGGCACUGUGCGUGGAGCUUACGUUGAAAAGUAUCUACUAGAAAAGUCCAGACUAGUCUAUCAGGAACAUAAUGAAAGGAACUACCAUGUAUUUUAUUACCUGCUGGCAGGAGCAAGCGAAGAAGAGAAAUCUGCUUUUCACCUUAAACAGCCUGAUGAAUAUCACUACCUUAAUCAGAUGACAAAGAAACCCCCUAAACACAGCUGGGAUGACUGUUACUAUGACUCUGAGCCGGAUUGCUUCUCUGUUGAAGGUGAAGACCUAAAGCAUGAUUUUGAACGUUUGCAGCUAGCUAUGGAGAUGGUGGGCUUUCUUCCCAAAACACGCAGGCAGAUAUUUUCCCUUCUGUCAGCAAUAUUACACUUGGGUAACAUCUGUUACAAGAAGAAAACCUACCGAGAUGAUUCCAUAGAUAUCUGCAAUCCAGAAGUCUUGACUAUUGUCUCAGAGUUACUUGAGGUGAAAGAAGAAAUGUUGCUUGAAGCGCUGAUUACAAGAAAAACAGUGACUGUCGGAGAAAAGCUUGUAUUACCAUACAAACUGGCAGAGGCAGUAACAGUACGGAAUUCCAUGGCCAAAUCAUUGUACAGCGCCCUGUUUGAUUGGAUCGUUUUUAGAAUUAAUCAUGCACUUUUGAAUACCAAGGACUUAGAAGAAAGCACCAAGACUUUGUCCAUUGGAGUACUUGAUAUUUUUGGUUUUGAAGAUUAUGAAAGUAAUAGCUUUGAACAAUUUUGCAUUAAUUUUGCAAAUGAACGUUUACAGCACUAUUUUAACCAACAUAUCUUUAAACUGGAGCAAGAGGAAUACAGACUGGAAGGCAUCAGCUGGCAUAACAUAGACUAUAUCGACAACUCUGGCUGUAUAAACCUCAUCAGUAAAAAGCCCACAGGGUUGCUCCAUCUACUGGAUGAAGAAAGCAAUUUCCCACAAGCAACCAAUCAGACGUUACUAGACAAGUUUAAGCGUCAGCAUGAAGGGAAUCUCUACAUAGAAUUUCCUGCUGUAAUGGAACCUGCUUUUAUCAUAAAACACUAUGCCGGGAAAGUUAAAUAUGGUGUGAAGGACUUCCGGGAGAAGAAUACAGAUCAUAUGCGACCUGACAUUGUUGCUCUCCUCAGGAGCAGCAAGAGUGCCUUUAUCUGUGGGAUGAUAGGGAUUGAUCCUGUUUCAGUGUUUCGCUGGGCUGUCCUCAGAGCGUUCUUCAGAGCUGUAGUUGCCUUUAGAGCCGCGGGGCAGAAGUACAUUGAGAAGAAAACUGGUUGUGCCUUGAUAGCCAAAGGGCAUGAUGAUGCUGUUUUGAAAAAUGUGGAUAGUUUUAGCUUUCUCCAUCACCCAGUUCACCAGAGGAGCUUAGAGAUUCUACAGAGAUGCAAGGAGGAGAAGUACAGUAUUGCUCGGAAACGGCCGAGAACACCCCUUUCUGACCUGCAGGGAGUUAACACGAUUAACGAGAAAAGCCAGCGCGAUGCCUACGGCGUGUGGAAUAGCAGGAUGGGCCUCAGACAAUGCCGACUCUCCAGCCCCAGCAGUUUCCUUGACAAAGACGGGAUAUUUGUGAAUUCAACAAGCAGCAAGCUUUUGGAGCGUGCCCACGGCAUUCUCAUGCGAAACAAGAACUUUAAAGUCAAGCCCAGCCUACCAAAGCACUUGCUGGAGGUGAAAUCCCUCAAGCACCUGACAAAUCUGACGCUGCAUGACCGUAUCACGAAGUCUCUUCUCCAUCUUCACAAGAAGAAGAAACCUCCAAGCAUCAGUGCCCAGUUCCAGGCUUCACUUACCAAGUUGAUGGAGACUCUUGGGCAGGCAGAGCCCUAUUUUGUCAAAUGCAUUCGCUCCAAUGCGGAGAAGCUCCCCUUGAGGUUCAAUGAUAACUUGGUGCUUAGACAACUGCGGUACACAGGCAUGCUUGAGACCGUACGCAUCCGACAGUCAGGAUAUAGCUGUAAAUAUUCUUUCCAGGAUUUUGUAGACCACUUCCACGUACUUCUCCCACGAGGCACUGUCCCAUCCAAGCAGAAUAUUGAAGGCUUCUUCAAAAAGACAAAGACCAACUCAGAUAGUUUCCAAGUUGGACGAACCAUGGUGUUCAUGAAGGAACAGGGACGACAGCUUUUACAAGGACUGUUGCACGAGGAGGUCUUGCGAAGGAUUGUCUUAUUGCAGAGCUGGUUCCGGACGAUGCUGUACAGGAGGCACUUCCUGAGCAUGAGGCAGGCUGCUGUGAUCAUACAGCGUUGUUGGCGUCAUUACCAGAGAAGGAAGCAAGCUGAAACAGAGGAAGACUCCCUGACCCAUUCAGCCUUUUUAGAGCAAGCUGCUGUGGUCCUUCAGGCAUACUGGCGAGGUUACAUGGCCCGGCGAAGGUUCCAGCAGAUGCGGAUUGCGGGUUUCAUUCUCCAGAACUCUUGGCGGGACUGCCUAAGAUGUAGGCAUGCCGCAGCAACCUCUAUCCAGGCGCACUGGCGGAGCUACCGCACGAGGACUCUCUACAGAGCCAAGAGGAGCAAAAUCAUUUUGUUGCAAGCCGCCUACCGAGGCUACAAAGCACGGCAGAGGUUUACCAAGCUAAGAGAGCAGCGAUUGAGUGAAGCAUCACUAAAGAAUAGACUAACAAGUAAUGAUGAUAAAUUAAUACUAGGGUAUAACUCAGAUAUUGAGGGUCCAGACCCUUCUAAAUGGGAAGACAAUUCCUUUGAAAAGAAAACCGUUGAAGACUAUGCCUCAUUUACGGACAAUAGAAUAGAUCCAUCAAAUUCGUUACACAAACAUCAUGAGAGGGCCAACAGCCAGAGCGGAAUGAGCGUGGAAGAGGAAGUUCUUGUAAGAGAAAGACCAAAGUCCCUGGAAGAUCUCAACCAAAAAAAAGGAGUUCGUGCAAAGCGAGAGAGCCGGCGGAUGCGGGAACUAGAACAAGCCAUCUUUAGCUUGGAGUUGCUGAAGGUUCGAUCCACUAGUGGAAGUUCUCCAUCAGAGGAGCACCAGUUGUCCCCUGACUUUGCCUCUGAAGGGAUGUCCUCUCCUCGAAGAACUCCAGAGAGUAAAAGCUCUCGCGGAAGUCUAGAGAAGUUAAACCAGGACCCCCUCUCGCCUCUGGAUCACAGUGUAUAUCUCAAAGAAUCACUACAAGAUAGCCCGAAAUUUGAGGAUGAGGAUGAAGAUGAAGAAGAAGAAGAAGAGACCUCCAAAUUUGCUGCUGCUACUAUAAAUAAAACUAUGACAGAGAGAAAGAGGUCAAUCUCAAGUUCUGAAUUACUUGACUGCCUUGCUGUUAAAGAGCGGUUGUCAGUUUGUCACUCUUACGACAUUGCUUCCAACAAGCACACAAGAGAAUCAUUAAUUUCUAGUAGUUUGCCUACAUUUUAUCUUCCGCCACAGGACAAGAUGAAAGUUGGCCAUUCAGUGAGGGACAAUAAUCUAAGAAACAAACAAAUGGAAACAGGGAGCAAUUUCUUUUUCCCAGACACCAAAAGAAAUCCUCCACUGGAAAGGACCACACAGAGCACAGCCUUACAUGACAAUGGUCAGAUGACCAGCGGUGGAGAAUUCCCAGCUGUUACAGCUACAGAAAUGCACCUCUCGGACACAGUUAUUGAAAAGUUGGAGAAGUUAAAUGUUGAGAAAGAAGAACGCCGGAAACGAAAACAGAUGCAGAACGAAAAAGAGAUGAUGGAGCAAAUACGACAGCAGACGGAAAUUUUGGAGAAGCAGCACAAAGUUUUUGAAGAGCUUCAGAGACAAGAGAAUGAACAGAGUAGGAUUCGGGACUCCGGCCAUGGAACUCCUCUCACCUCACCAAAGAAAACGGACAGUGGCCCACCUCUAGUCAUCGGCCAUCCCCAAGUCAAGGAAGAACUAAAACUUGCAACAAAUGCAGAAGCCACCUCCUCGGUGGUCCUUAGAUCUCCUACGGGCCCCCCAAGAGGAAGUCCCCCCGUUUGCCAGGCAGCCCCGGUGGGAAAAAUCCCAGAGAAAAAGGAAGGUCAGACUCCGGUCGUCCUGGAAUCUGUUGGAACAGAUUGGCUGAAUUUGCAAAGGGAUACCGAGUCUCAGAACAGUGUCAGCAAUCUUCCUGCCAGGGAAAAACGGUUCAGACUGCCUCGAAUUCCUAGCCAGGGCAAGGAAGGCUCUUCUAAGGACACUAGAGUUGGUUCCAUGUUCUUUUCACCAAAGGAUGCUCAUUUGGGCAAUACGGAUAAUAAAUCUUCAGCACCUCCGCUUCUUCCAAAAGAAGAUCAGAAAAAGCCACUGAAACUUCCCAGAACAGAUAGAGGAGAGCAGGUUGCUCGACCAGUCCAUAGAAAGAAAGCCCGCAUGGCACGGACACGCUCGAAUUUCUUGACUAGAGGUGCUUUUGCUGAUUGGGAGGGGGAUACAGAGGAAGAGGAUUGUGAUGACAAUCUUGAAUUCCUUCUCUCCUUUGAGCAUCCACCUCACCUUGAGCCAGGUUGUGCAGUCAGGCUCGGGCAGCCCUGUCAUAGUGACUCUGAAAUGAUGUUACAGCGUUCUGCCUCCAGCGAAGGCCAAGCAAAGCUUCACAAAACAAUGUCUCAAGGAGAGAUUGGAAAGCUGCCAGUUGCCCAGAAGAUCGUAGCCAUGGACAGAAGGCCUCAAAGAGCCAAGAUGAGAUUUUGGGGGAAAGGAAAGCAGGGGGAGAAGAAGUUAAGCAGGGAGAAACUUGCUACCCAGUCAGAGCUGCUGGAACUGUAUCCUGACCAAGAUGCGCCAGGAAGAGACAUGAUUCCAGGUCUACAGCUUGAAGAAGAGCUGAGUCCUCCGAGGAGUCCUGAACUGUCGGGCAACUAUCGAAGGGAAUGUAAAGAAAACAAAGAGCCGUCUCCAAAGGUCAAGCGAAAACGCAGCCUGAAAAUUAGCAACGUAACUAUGGAACCUGCCCAAUGGCAGAACGACGCUCUUCAGAUCAUAACAAGUGCCAGUGACUUGAAAAGCAUGGACGAGUUCCUCUUGAAAAAGAUGAAUGAUUUGGAUAGUGAAGACUGUAAGAAGGACACUCUCGUGGACGUGGUAUUUAAAAAAGCUUUGAAAGAAUUCCGGCAAAAUAUCUUCAGUUUCUACUCUUCUGCUUUGGCAAUGGGCGAUGGGAAGAGCAUCCGCUACAAGGAUCUCUAUGCGCUGUUUGAGCAGAUUCUAGAGAAAACCAUGAAACUUGAGCAGCGGAACUGGAGGGAAUCCCCUGUACGGGUCUGGGUCAAUACAUUUAAGGUGUUUCUGGAUGAAUACAUGACAGAAUAUAUGCCUUUGGAUUUUUCUGCUGCAAAGAUGACAAAAACAGAAAGAAAGAAGAGGCGAAAGAAGGAAACUGACAUAGUAGAAGAACAUAAUGGCCACAUUUUUAAGGCCACUCAAUAUAGCAUCCCUACCUAUUGUGAAUUCUGUUCCUCCUUGAUAUGGAUCAUGGACAGGGCCGCUGUUUGCAAAUUGUGCAAAUACGCUUGCCACCGAAAAUGCUGCCAGAAGACUACAACAAAAUGCUCCAAAAAGUAUGACCCAGAGCUUUCUUCACGCCAGUUUGGAGUCGAACUCUGUCGCCUGACCAGCGAAGAACGGAUUGUGCCAACCGUGUUUGAGAAGCUCACCAGCUACAUAGAAAUGCAUGCUUUAUAUACAGAGGGCAUUUACCGGAAAUCUGGAUCAACAAACAAGGUCAAAGAAUUACGGCAGGGCCUUGACACAGAUAUCGAAAGAGUGAAUCUCGAUGACUACAACAUUCAUGUCAUUGCCAGCGUGUUCAAGCAAUGGCUGCGGGAUUUGCCUAAUCCUCUCAUGACCUUUGAACUCUAUGAAGAAUUUUUGCGAGCCAUGGGUUUGCAGGAGAGGAAAGAGGCCAUCCGCGGAGUCUACUCAGUCAUUGAUCAGCUUUCCCGAACCCAUCUUAAUACCUUGGAACGUCUGAUCUUUCACCUUGUCAGGAUCGCUCUACAAGAAGAAACGAAUCGAAUGUCAGCUAAUGCUCUGGCCAUUGUCUUUGCUCCCUGCAUUCUCCGUUGUCCAGACACCACUGACCCUCUGCAGAGCGCUCAGGAUGUCAGUAAAACCAUAAGUUGCGUAGAGUUGAUUGUUAUAGAACAGAUGAACAAAUACCGGGCCCGUCUCAAGGAUAUCAGCAGCCUGGAGUUUGCAGAGAACAAAGCAAAGAGCCGUCUGUCCUUGAUCCGCAGGUCCAUGGGCAAAGGGCGUGUACGCCGAGGCACCUAUCCAAGCCCUACAUCCCCAGCGGGAGUCCGGUUGCCCUCUAUGGCAGAUGCUCCCGAGGAGGCCCUGAGCAGCGAGGAGGCCAUGGAGAUUGAGGUCACCGAACAGCAGCAAGUAGCCAUGCAACAGGAAGAGAAGGUGCUGGCAGAGCAAAUAGAAAGCCUGCAGAAAGAGAAGGAAGAGCUAACUUUUGAGAUGCUAGCACUGGAGCCCAGAGCCUCCGAUGAUGAAACAUUAGAGUCCGAGGCUUCGAUUGGCACUGCUGACAGUUCUGAAAACUUGAAUUUUGAUUCCGAAGGAGCUAUUUCGGACAAAUCAGGCCGAAGUUUAACCUUCAACCCAGCAAGACCCGGCAAGACAGACCCGGCCGGUACCUCUCGGUCCCGAAGGCAACUGCGCAAGCAGCCGGAAUCUGUGGACUCGGUGGAUUCCUUGGUUUCUUCUCCUUCCCUCUCGCCUUCUUCCUCCUCCUCCUCCUCCUGCCUGCCUCACGUGACGCGGAAACGAUUCCAAAUCUAUUCCAAAUCGCCUUUCUAUCGAGCGGCUCCCCCUGGGGACGCUGGGGCGCUGGAGCGAUCGCCAGGACACCCCAAGGUCCUGGAUGACAGGCCACAGUUCACCACCAGAGGGACAUUCAACCCGGAGAAAGGCAAGCAGAAACUGAAGAAUGUGAAAAUCUCCUCCCCUAAAGCCAAAGAACUCCCAGAAGGGUCUGCUGGGCCAGGCCGGAAGCGUCACCCCAAGGGUGCAGAUUACAUGAGCCCCCAGCAACUGGUGCUGCUAGGAAAUAACGAGUUCAUGGUAUGAGUCGGCUGCCCUGGCAAGCACCUCCUCCGUCGCCUCUUCCCUCCACUUGCGUGCCAUCUGCUGCUACCGCUCCGUUGUCCCCCCGUCCCCCCCAAGUCAGCAUCUCCUCCCCAUUUGUUGCUUGGAGUCCUAGCAUCGCGUUGCCAGUGGAGGAGCGGGGAGCCUCCCUCUUCCAUCCAGAACGAGACGGUGGCGGGGAGGAAUUUAGCUGUGGCCUUAGCUGACUUUAGCCUUUGGAACUCCCGCCGUUUCUCCACGAGUCAGGCUGGGGAUUUGCAGUGAAACCAGCGGUGCUGGAGGGGAUGAUGGCUGGUGGACCAGGUUUGGCGUUUCCCCACACACACACACUUUUUUUUUUUUUUUUAACAGGCCGGGGAACCUGUGCCGGCCACCUGAGAGCAUUAGGAGGGCAGCCGGAGUUCAAGAGAGGCGUUUUUGAUCCUGAGGGUCAACGCUCUUGACUUUGGGGUUAGGUUUUUGCACUGGGAUUGAGAAGCAAUGAAGUUCCUAGAAGAAGCGACAGCAAGGAAGGGGACUGAGGAGCCCUUUUGUUCAGGGCUGUUUCUAAAUGCACUCUGUGGCGUUGUCAGAUGUGGUGGGAAAUGCUCGUUUUUCACUCAAGCACUUCUUAAGAUACAUCAGGUGCACCUCCAUUGUGAACAAGAGUUAUUUAUCUAAUCAGUUUUCUUGGUUUAAACUUUUUGGGUUGAUGGUGUCAGAAUAACCAAUGCCAGUUUGAUUCCAGGUAGGUCGAAGCCAAAUAUUUGUGCCGAAUUUCCAGUAGCCAUAAUCGCAACAUAGGCCCUGUCCCUUGGGGCAGAAAAUCCGACUCUUUAAGACUAAAAGAAAGUAUUAGGGAACAGAAGCGUUUACUUUUCUGACUGUGUCUCUGGCCCGAUUCCAUGCUGGGAGCCUGAGCAAGCUCUUAAGUUUCUUGACCGGCUGAGAAAACGCCACUCAAGCAAAACCCAAGCAUAAGGAAGGCUGCUGUUGAAAUCAGUCAGUUUAACAAAUGAUUUAACAUCGCUUUCUUUGCUACACAUCAGUAUUAAACCAUGGCGCAUUUUUUUUUUUUUAAAGUGAGAGACUACUUGAAGCUGUUUGUUAGUAUUAUGGUUACUGAAGUUCAAUGUAAAUAUAACUUUUUAUGUUUGUUUUCUUUUUCCACAAUGUGGGACUUUAUUAAUGUGGGACAUUUAAGCCAGAAAAGGAGGAGGUGGAGGAGGAGGAAGAGGACCAGGCUUGAGUUACUAGAAGUAAUUCUGGGAUCUUUUCGGUGUGGAACAAUAAACGGUCGCCGUGUUUUGCACCGGUA